AUGCUGAGAAACCAAAGAGGUGACUCGAACCAGAAUCACUGGUUUUGGGAAACUUUGGCAUAUCUGCUGGAUAUGGCGAGUGGGCAAGUGGAGAAGCGAGUCAGACUCAAAAGCUCUGUGAAGGAUCCAGGAACUCCUGGAUUUCUCAGAAUAAGGGAAGAGAUGUUGCUCUUUGUCCCACAUGAUCCGAAAUCAGAUUCAAAGCUUAGAGUGCAGACUCAAAACAUCAAAAGUCAAAAAUACACCAAAGAAGGAUCAAACAAACCUCCUUGGCUUAAUCUGACCAACAAGCAGGGAAGGAGUCAUAUCUUUGAGUUUGAAAACUAUUCGGACAUGCAUGCUUGCCGUGACUUUAUCAGUAAGCUCCAUGGGCCCAAUGCUAAGUCCCUUGCUAAAUGUGAAGAGCUGCCUAAGAAAUCAGCUGUUUCGACAUCUUCUGAGCAGCUCAGUAUUGCAGAAUUGGAGCUACGUUUCAAGCUUCUUCGAGAAAGUAGUGAGCUGCAGAGAUUGCAUAAGCAACUUGUGGAAGGUAAAAUCUUGACGGAAGAUGAAUUCUGGGCUACAAGAAAGAAAUUACUCGGUAAAGUUUCCACCGGAAAGUCAAAACAACAGGUCGGGAUCAAGAGCAUGAUGGUUUCUGGCAUCAAACCGUCUACUGAUGGGCGGAUUUUUGCUGAGAAGCCGGCUGUUCGGCAGGCAUUCAUAAACUAUGUUCCGAGUAAGAUGACAGAAAAGGACUUUUGGACAAAAUAUUUUAGAGCAGAAUAUCUUUACAGCACCAAAAAUACAGCAGUAGCUGCUGCGGAAGCUGCUGAAGACGAGCAACUCGCGGUCUUUCUGAAGCCUGAUGAGAUACUGGCUCGGGAAACACGUCAAAAGAUUAGACGGGUUGAUCCAACUCUGGACAUGGAGGCUGACCGGGGAGACGACUACACUCAUUUAAUGGACCAUGGGAUCCAGCGUGAUGGCACUAGUGACGUUGUUGAACCACAGAAUGACCAAUUCAAGAGAUCACUGUUACAAGAUCUUAAUCGUCAUGCAGCUGUUGUAUUGGAAGGCAGAAGCAUUGAUGUUGAGUCAGAGGAUACGAGGGUUGUUGCAGAAGCUCUAACACGGGCCAAACAAGUAAGCAAAGCUGAUGGUGAAAGCAACAAGGAUGCUAAUCAGGAGAGAUUGGCGAGAAUGUCUCGGGCAGCAGAAAUGGAGGAUCUUCAAGCACCACAAAACUUUCCGUUAGCACCACUUUGUAUCAAGGACCCUCGUGAUUACUUUGAAUCUCAACAAGGAAACGUCCUCAAUGAACCUAGAAGAGCUGGGGCAUCGAAGAGAAAUGUCCAUGAAGCUUAUGGAUUGCUAAAAGAAUCCAUUUUGGAGAUUAGAACUACAGGUUCGUUAACCCGAACUAUCUCAACGGCCAAAAACAUCAUCGGGAAGAACCCAAAAGAGAGCUUUCUGGACAGAUUACCAAAGUCCACCAAGGAUGAGGUUCUACAUCAUUGGACAUCAAUACAGGAAUUACUAAGACAUUUUUGGUCAUGUUACCCAAUAUCAACAACAUAUCUUCACACCAAGGUUGGUAAACUGAAAGAUGCAAUGUCCAAUACAUAUUCAGAACUCGAUGCAAUGAAACAGUCAGUGCAAUCUGAUCUUCGGCAUCAGGUUUCGUUAUUGGUUCGUCCAAUGCAACAGAAUUCUCCACGUGUUUUAUCUAUCCGGUUUAACCAGCCAAACCAGGCACUGCAUUGCAGUCCGGUUAACAGAUUGAAAUCUGAUUGGAUCUUAACCCAAUUUGUCCGCCAGGCUCUUGAUGCUGCGUUUCAACACUACGAAGCGGACAUGCAGAGAAGAACCGCUAAGAGCGGUGAAAGACCAAACGGGUGCAUUUAG